AUGCGUCUCUGUACGAAAGGACUUGUCAUCCUUUUAGAUUCGUCAUUACUUUCACCAAAAUUACGUUUAUUUAAACGUAUAAUCUUGAUUUUGAUUAUCAUUCAUUCAACUGAAACAGCACCAGUGCUAGAUAAACCUGAUCAACUGUGUUUUAUCGUAGAAACAUUAUGUAUUAAAUGUGAAUUACAUAGAAUUCAUAAAGCCUUAACCAAAGUAAAUGGAACGGCACACUCUAUUGAGAAUCAUGUAUUUCGUAACAUUAUAACGACCGGUAGAUUCUCUUCACUUAUUGAUUCGGUAAUUGAUCAUAUUCAAAUGCCCAGCUUAGUGUGGCCUCAUCGUUUUGCUCGACAGAACAAUAUUGGCAAAAUGACAAGCGAUAUGCAUGAUACACUGUUAUUGUUUUACAACACCAUCGAAAUAUUAAUUGAAGAAGGACAGACAUUUGAAGGGGACUUAGAUAAACCUUUCAGAGACAUUCAAAGUGGUUUGAGAGAUGAUGUUAUAUGUACAAUUCGAAUAAUUCUUUAUUCUUAUUCUACUCAAUGGUCAUUGAACAAUCGCGAUGAAAAACAAAUACAUUUUCAAAUAAAUCAAUUGUCUCGCGAAGCACCGUCAAUACAAUACAGAGUAAAAAGUGUUGUAUUGGCAAGAUUGUUAAAAGAAUGGAUCAGUAACUUGGCGAGUGUUAUUAGAAGUAUUGAGAAAAAAUUUGCUUAG